UUACCAACAGGUGCCACUAGUGGAAAGCUCCAAGCGAUACCUUACUGUCAAUACACAAAAAGGACUUUACAUUUAUAACCGUCUACCUUAUGGGGUGGCUAGUGCACCUGCCAUUUUCCAGAAAAUAAUGGAUCAAAUACUACAGGGUAUGGAGGGUGUCAUAUGCUACCUUGAUGAUAUCCUUAUUACAGGCAAGGACACAAAACAGCACAUGGAAAAUCUGGAAGAAGUGCUAAAAAGGUUGCAAGCCUCUUACCUCCGAGUUAGAAGAGAAAAGUGUGUGUUUUUUCAAAGCAGUGUCUCGUACUUAGGACAUGUGAUUGACUCUGACGGCAUCCAUCCAAUGAAAGAAAAAACGGAUGCUAUAAAAAAAGCUGCCAUUCCAGAAAAUGUGACAGAACUCAGAUCUUUCUUAGCAUUGCUAAAUUACUAUGGCAAAUUUAUUCCAAACUUGUCAACCAUCAUAAAGCCCAUGACAGAGUUGUUACAUAAAGACAUUGCCUGGUCGUGGUCUGAAAAUUGUCAGGCAGCUUUUGAAGAUGCAAAAAGACACUUAAUGUCAAACCAAGUUCUGAUUCAUUUUGAUCCUGAUCUGCCAUUGAUCUUAGCAUGCGACGCAUCUCCUGUAGGAGUGGGUGCAGUAAUCUCACACCGAAUGAGUGAUGGUAGUGAAAGACCAAUAGCUUUUGCUUCCAGAAUGUUGACAAAAACCGAGCGAAACUAUUCGCAGAUUGAAAAAGAGGCUUUAGGACUUGUAUUCGGGGUAAUGAAAUUUCAUGAGUAUUUGUUUGGAAGACAAUUUAUACUAGUAACAGACCAUAAGCCACUGCUAAAGAUUCUGGGACCUAAAACAGGGGUGCCCACACUAGCCGCAGCUAGGAUGCAAAGAUGGUCCCUCAUCUUGUCUGCAUACAAGUAUGAAAUUCAGUACAAGAGAUCAGAACAUCACGGUAAUGCGGAUGCAUUAUCGAGACUUCCAUUAAAAAAUGAAGAUGUCAGAUCAAAUCCAGUGUAUAGACUGUCGUAUCUUGAUGAAUUGCCAGUUACAGCAGUUGAUAUUGCACAAACAACAGAGACCGACCCUGUGCUUAAAAAAGUCAAGGACUAUGUAAUGAGUGGUUGGCCAAAACACAUUGUGGAAGAGAAGAUAAAACCAUAUUUUGCAAAGAAAUUUGAACUUUCUGUUGAACAUGAUUGUCUUCUGUGGGGAUAUCGUGUGGUAAUACCUGAAACAUUACGUGAUAGACUCUUAGCCGAACUUCAUGAUAGUCACUGGGGUAUGGUGAAGAUGAAAUCAUUGGCCCGAAGUUAUUUUUGGUGGCCUACACUUGACAUGAACAUUGAAGAGAUUGUGAGUCAAUGCAGUGUAUGUCAGCAGCAACGCAGCAUGCCUACCCCUGUCCCAGUACAUACAUGGAAAUGGUCAACAGGACCCUGGGAGAGAAUCCACUUAGAUUUUGCUGAAGAUCAUCAGCAGAUGUUUUUAGUGGUGAUGGACGCUCAUGCAAGAUGGCCUGAGAUUUUUCCUAUGCAGUCAACUAUUUCAGCAAAAACAAUUGAAGUGCUAAGAAAUCUGUUUGCAUCUUAUGGCCUUCCGCAGGAAGUGGUCACUGACAAUGGACCCCAAUUUACAUCCAGGGAAUUUGACGAAUUCUUGCUGCUAAAUGGGGUAAAGCACACAAAAUCACCUGCCUAUCACCCUGCCUCUAAUGGGCUAGCUGAAAGGUUAGUUCAGAACCUAAAAAAAGCACUUGCAAAGAACAGAGCAGGUGGUGGUAUGACACUUCAACACUGUGUAGCUAAUUUCAUAGUACUACUCACAAGACACCUGCUGAACUAUUCCUCAAGAGAGCUGUUCGAACCAGAUUAUCUCUUAUAA